AUGAAUUAUGAAGACUAUGAAGAUUGUGGGGAUUAUGACAGCCAUGAGGAAUAUGAAAAUUAUGGAGGCUAUGAAGAUUAUGAAAACGAUAAAGAUCGUGGAAACUGCAAGGGUUAUGUGGAUUUUGAGUAUUAUGAGAGUAUCGAGAAAAUGAAGUCCUCAAAGCAUUUGAAGAGGAAAUCUGGGUGAGAUUCACAUGGUAAGCCUCAAACCAGAAGGAACAAUGAAGGUCUUAUUUAUUUUCAUGCUAGUAUGAAAAAGGGCAAAGAGCUGGAAGUGAUAAGUAUGUUGAUAAAGAUAAAGGCUGUGCAGAUGAUGAAAUGAUUGAACAGGAUUACACAAAUUGCAGUGCUAAGAAACAUUAGGAAGGAGUGUGUUUACCCAUGAAAAGGGUGGAAGAUCAAAAAAAUGGUGAACAAUAUUGAUGAUGCUAGUCCAAGAUUGAGGAUGAAGCUCAUAUAA